AUGGACUCCAUCGACGACCGCAUCUCCCUCCUCCUCGACUGGGCCUCCUCUCACAACGCCGUCCUCCACCAAUCCGCCCAAGUCUACGACGACCCCGACACCGGCCUCUCCUUUCGCGUCAACCCCUCCUCAACCUCCUCAAUCCCCCCCUACGAGCCCAUCGUCAGCCUCCCCACCAGCCUCUCCCUCUCCUACCUCAACGCCAUCCACCCAACGCCCGCCUUCCCCAGCGACUUCCUCUCAAAAACACGGCCCCACGUCGUCGGCCGCCUGUUCCUCAUCAAGGAGCUCCUCAGGGGCCAGGAGUCCUUCUGGUAUCCCUAUAUCCAGGCGCUUCCCCAGCCCGAGGACUUUGAUGACUGGGCUCUGCCGCCCUUUUGGCCCGAGGAGGAGGCCGAGCUGCUCGAAGGCACAAACGUCGAGAUUGGCCUGGAAAAGAUCCGCGAGGACCUCGGCCGCGAGUUUCGUGAUGCGAGGAACUUGUUGAUUGCCUCGCAAAAGGAUGCCGAGGACGACUUUAGCGACCAUCUCACCCGCGAGCUGUAUCAGUGGGCCUACUGCAUCUUCUCGAGCCGCUCCUUUAGGCCAUCCCUGGUGCUGUCCGAGGAGCAGCAGCAGUCCCUUCCCGACGGCGUCAGCGUCAACGACUUUUCCGUGCUGCUGCCGCUGUUUGACAUUGGGAACCACGACAUGACGGUCCACGUGAGGUGGGAUCUCGCAGCUGGAGACGAAGCCGCAGCUGGAGCUGGAGUCAGGGGCUCAGGGGCAGCCGUCCAGCUCAAGGUCGGCAGGGAGCACAAGCCCGGGCAGCAAAUCUUCAACAACUACAGCCCAAAGACAAACGCCGAGCUGCUUCUGGGAUACGGCUUUAUGCUGCCCGCCACCGACGCUUUGCACAACGACUACAUCCACCCCGGCAGCAGCUCACCCGAGGAAUACCUCAUCUCUCUACAGCCCAUCUCGCAUCCGUCCUCCCUGCUCGCCGCAUCCAAGCAGACUCUCACCGUCUUCCCUCCUCCACCGCUGCCCGGCCUUCUCGGCGCCUUCAAGCACGUCCAGCACGACAUGGUCUGGGACAUUUUCCUGACACUGCUGCAGCACUCGUCUGUGCCGCUUAUCAAGCUCAUCCCACUGGACUCCAACACCUUUCCCACCGAGGAGGAAGCCGUUCGCCAGCGCCAAGAGCGCUUCUUUUCUGGCCACGUCAACGAUGAGUGCCAGGACUUUCUCGAGCAGACCGUCGCCAUCAUCCAGCACAAGAUCCUGCAGGAGCUCGAGAGACUCAACGAGACUGACAUGGAGGUUGUGGGAGAGGACGCCAAUUUGUUGUCACCGAACCAGCGCCUGGCACUGGAUUACAGGGAGCGGUGCCGGCAAGUCUUGGAGAAUACGCUGAGUGCCAUGGGCGAGGACGACAUGAUGCAAGAUGACGAAGAGUGA